UGCAGCAUAAGUGGUACUGUCCUAAGAAAGAUUCCCUCAUUCGUUUUUUCUACCAUUAUUCAAAUGCUCCGUUUAUUUUGCAGUCUCUUUUCUCUUGCUUAUAUCUCUUCUUUCCACCGCAUUAGCUCCCAAUGCCAGCUCGAUUACCCUCUGUUUAACAAUAGCUGGAAGAAGAGCUGGAAAACUGUAUGUAUGGUCUAAGCUACUCCUUCUCUAAGUUGUGAUUUGAAUGCUCCAGCCCUGAAGGAAUCCUCAAACCUGUGAUUCCCAAAUACUGCCGAGUAAGAUUUCUCACUGAUCAGUGUUCAUCAUUAACUUCUUCAAAGUUAAGAGCUUUAUUUAAACAAUUUCGUUCUGCACUCUGGGUUUCUGGCGUUCUUGCUCCGUUUCAUGGGCCUUUCACUCCGAAGAUAAAAACAAGCUCGUUUGAAGUGCAGCAUUUUAUCCCUCAUUUCAGUCAUUCAAAUGGGAUUUGGACAAUAGUCGUAGGGAAUGGAAUGUGCAACGAGAUCCUGUUUACAAUCCAAUGCCUGUAAAUAUAGGUCCAUUGGAGUGUUUAGUUCUGAAAAUCAACUUUCACUAAACAAUGCCAAAAGUGAAGAAACUGAGGAAGCUGGAUCUUAUUCUGUUAAAGUUCGUCCUUUGCGGGUUGGGAUUCACAGUGAAGUACAUAUCUACGGUCAUCUUGUGAUCUUGAAGUUAUUCGAAGCAAUUUCAGCUCUGAAAUUAGCCUACAUUAAUCUCCAAAAAGCUCACAUUCCUUACGAACCCGAUAAAUUUAGAGCAGCAGAUGAGGCUUUUUCAACUCAGAUGGUAUCACUAAGCAAGAUUAGAAGAGCAUAUGAGGAGAAGAAGCUAAAGUUACUGAAAUCUGCAGAAACCCAGGUCCAGGAAAAGAUAUUAGAUAAGCUGAAGAGCCUUGUCAAAGACAAAGAAUCUAAGAUUAUCUCUCUACAGCAAGAACUUCAUGAUGUAUAUUCAAAGAACAAGAAACUGGCAAAGGAGCUUAAAAAUGUCAAGGUUUUGAGCUUCUCUCACAUUGAGAAAAAAGCCAAAGCAGCAUCAAUGGCAAUACACGACUUUUCCAAACCAUUGAUUGCCUUAAUGAAGGUUACAGGUUGGGAUUUAGACGAAGCUGCCAACUCAAUCCAACCCUCUGUUGUUUACUCCAAUAGGUCCCACAAGAAACAUGCUUUCGAAGCUUAUAUUUCCCAGAGAAUGUUUCUUGGAUUCACUUCCAGUUUUUCUGCAUAUUGCAGUGAAAAAUAUCUAUCAAUAGUUCAUCCUGUGAUGGAAGUGGCAUUCUUUGGGAAUUUAGACCAUAAUACUUUAGUGAGCAAUGGAUUCCAUCCGGCAACAUCAUUUUAUUCUUCAUUCUGUAGAAUGGCAAGAUCGGUUUGGGAACUUCAAUGUGACGUGGCUUAUGUGGGAGCAACUUGUGAAAUGUUUGGAGUCAAGAGGGGAAGUGAGUUUUCAAAUGUUUAUAUGGAAUCUGUGGAGGAGGUAAGUGAAGAAAGGAGCAAAGUUGGAUUGAUGGUCAUGCCUGGUUUUCUAUUGGAUGAUGGAUCGAUUAUCAAAUCUAGGGUCUAUGUAUAAAGAAUCUGACUUUUUGUGUGAAAAGGAUGCACUUGCUGUGUAUGAAUAUUGAUGAUAGAUAUAUUUAGGACCUAGUGAUUGAAUAUAUUAUCACGUGUUUCUUUGAGGUAUUGCUUUUCAAUACGCUUAUCUUGAAACUGAGCUGAUGGCCACAUUUUUCCACUGUAAAUGUAAACAUGCUGCUUCCUUAAAUCUCUGCAGUAAAUAUGAAAUGACUUGUAGAGCCUGAACUCCGAAGAGUUUGCGUUUUGUGAUUUGGAGUGGAU